GCGAGUUAUCGUCUGAAAGUGACGUCACGAUUCCCACAUUGUCGGCACUUCUUUCCUCAUGAAUUUAAUGAAAUAGUGAUAUUUAUAGUUUACUAAAGAAAAAUGUCCAGGUUUUUCAAAGGUUCUGACUCAGAGUCAGACAGUUCAUCCUCAGAUUCGGAGGUUAAUGUUCCUCGCCCAGGGGCUUCAACAGCAAGACCAGUAGCAUAUGCCUUUAGUGAUGAUGAGGAUGAACCUAAACGUAUAGUACGAAGUGCAAAAGAUAAAAGGUUUGAUGAACUGAGAGAAAUCAUCAAGAAAAUGGGAAACCAUAAGAAAAUUAAGGAUAUGGCUAGUGUAUUAACAGAUUUUGAGGAGCUGGGAAAAGCCUAUGACAAAUCAAAGAAAGUCAUUGAAAAAGAAAACCAGAUUCCACGAUUCUUUCUAAGGUGUUUGGUGGAACUUGAAGAUUUUGUCAGUGAGUGUUGGGAGGACAGAGAAGGAAGGAAACAGAUGAGCAAGAACAAUGCUAAAGGUCUAACUACCCUGAGACAAAAACUAAAGAAAUACAACAGAGACUUUGAAUCAGAUAUCGCAACAUACAGAGAGAAUCCAGAUGAGGGUGAAGAAGAAGAAGCAGUGGAUUCCGAAGAAGAGAAAUCAGAAGAAGAAGCCCGUGAGGAUUUCACCAAAAUGAAAGCAGCAAAGGAGGAGAGCAGACCUUCCAAAAAGGUGACCUAUGAUGAUGACGAUGAUGACGACGAUGACAUUGACUGGGAGAUGAGUUCCGACAGCUCCAGCUCAGAGAGUGAUGGAGGAGAGGGACCAGGGACCACAGUCUACACAGCCGCCAUGUUCUUGAAAAAACAACCAGGAGAGGAGAAGAAAGAAAAGAAGGAAAAGAAAGAGAAACGAGUGAAGAAGAAGAGGGAAGAGGAUGAAGGGGGUGAAUGGGAGGAGGUCACCAAGGGGGCACCCAUGAUUAAGGAAGCACCCAAAAUGUUUGCCAAGGACACAGAAGUGAACCACGAAGCAGUCAUAAAGAAAUUGAACGAAAUCAUCUCAGCUAGAGGAAAGAAGGGUACAGACAGGAACGAGCAGAUUGCACUGCUGAAAGAACUUCAGAGCAUUUCAAAUGCCAACAAUCUCGGACCAGCAAUUUCCAUGAAGAUCAUGUUCCACAUAAUUUCAGCUAUCUAUGAUUACAAUCCCAACAUUGCCACCUGCAUGAGAUCUGAAAUGUGGGAAAAGUGUCUUGCAGGAGUUAGUGAGUUACUAGAUAUGGUAGAGGCCAACCCAGACAUCAACAUUGGAGAGAAUAUUUUGGAGGAGAGUGAGAAUGUUACUACUCCACCCUACAGAGUCAGGGGAUGCGUUUUAACCAUUGUAGAGAGGAUGGACGAAGAAUUUACAAAAAUGUUACAAGCGUGUGAUGCUCAUAGUACUGAAUAUGUAGACAGAUUGAAGGAUGAGAAAGAAGUAUGUGUAAUUUUAGAUCGUCUCCAGACUUACCUUGUUCCAAGAGGUACCACAGAGGAAAUCUGUCGGGUUUACCUCAGAAGGAUAGAACACAUGUAUUACAAGUUUGACCCAGAAGCAUAUGAUAACCCUAAGCUGGAGAAUAAAUCAUUCAAAGACAUGGAGGAGAUGUGUAAAUUUAUUUAUGCCAAGGAUCUGACUGACCGUCUGCGGACUCGCUCCAUGCUUUGUCAGAUAUACCACCAGGCUCUCCACGACCGGUGGUACCAGGCCCGCGACCUGAUGCUUAUGUCUCACCUCCAGGACACCAUCCAGCACUCGGAUGUUCCUACUCAGAUUCUCUACAACAGGACAAUGGUGCAAUUAGGUUUGUGUGCAUUCAGAAAAGGAAAUAUUAGAGAUGCUCACAAUGCUUUAGUGGACAUUCAGAGUGGUGGAAGAGCCAAGGAACUUUUGGCACAGGGUUUAUUGCUCCAACGUCAGCACGAGAGAACACCAGAACAGGAGAAGAUUGAGAAGCGUCGUCUGCUUCCCUAUCACAUGCACAUCAACCUAGAGCUACUGGAAUGUGUCUACCUUGUGUCAGCCAUGUUGAUCGAAGUUCCUUAUAUGGCAGCCCAUGAGAUGGAUGCCAGGCGAAGAAUGAUCAGUAAGAACUUCCACCAUGUGAUGAGAAUGAGCGAGCGCCAGGCUUUGACUGGUCCCCCUGAGAGUAUGAGGGAGCACGUGGUGGCCGCCUCCAAGGCCAUGAAGACUGGAAACUGGAAAGAGUGCAAGAACUACAUCAUCAAUGAGAAGAUGAAUGCCAAGGUAUGGGAGCUGUUCUACAAGAGUGAGACUGUACAGGAAAUGGUGACUAGCAAGAUUCAGGAGGAGAGUCUACGGACAUACUUGUUCACAUACAGCAGCGUGUACGACUCACUGAGUCUCGAGACGCUGGCCGAGAUGUUUGAGAUCGACCAGGGUGUUGUUCACUCCAUCAUCAGUAAGAUGAUCAUCAAUGAAGAACUCAUGGCCUCCCUGGAUGAGCCCACCCACACUGUGGUGAUGCACCGUACCGAGCCCACACGUCUCCAGUCCCUUGCCCUCCAGCUCUCCGAGAAAGUCUCCUCUCUGGUCGACAACAACGAGAGAAUCAUGGAACUCAAGCAAGGCAACCUGUUCUUUCAGAAGUCAGGGGGCAACAAGAUCGUUUCCAAGGUAAUUACCAGCAAAACAGGAAUCAAAAUUGGCAAGAUAGAAGAAAUCAACGUCAAAAUUAUUCACAGCAAAGCCAUCGCCAGCAGUUUAAGUCUUCGAACAACUGUCAAAAUCAGAGCACUGGAAGAAAACAUAAUUUCUUUAGAUUUUUCUGACCUGAACAUCAAAGAGAGUAUUGGUUCUACUGAUCUAACAAUAUUAGAAAGCCAAGUAUCAGGAAGUCUACAGGAGCCAUGCUUACCAAAUGAGAGUGUUAGGGAUUCUCUAAAAUGUUUAGAAUUACAAAAUGCCAAUGUGGAGUCUUUGCUGAAACAACAGACAAUAUUUACUACAGUGUCUUUGUUUUGCUCUUUAAGGAAAAUAUCAGGAGGGAAACAAGGAGUUGAAUUAGUAGGAAAGUCAGAUCUUCCAAUUGGAGCUGGACUGGGAUCCUCGGCUAGCUUUUCAUCAUGUUUGGCUGCAGGAUUUUUGACUCUCUUUGAUUUCAUUCAAACUCCAGAAUGUUCAGAAAAUGGAUCAAACAAAAGGAUUUGGUCUAAACAAGAUUUAGAACUUAUAAAUAAGUGGGCCUACUUUGGAGAAAAAAUCAUUCAUGGAAACCCAUCAGGUGUAGAUAACUCUGUAGCCACAUUUGGUGGGGCCAUUCAUUUCCAGAGGGGAGAAAUAACACCUUUGCAAUGCAUUCCUAAGCUCAACAUACUUCUUAUCAAUACAAAAAUGCCUAGAUCUACAAAGAAGUUGGUUGGAUUAGUAAAAGAGAGAAAAGAAAAGAAUCCUGAGAUUUAUGAACCAAUACUUCAAUCCAUGGAUGAAAUCACAAAUGCAGUGAUGAAGGCUUAUGACCAAAUGUGUGAAAACUGUGAUGAUGUUACCAUGUCAAAGGCCUAUUCUGAUUUAGAGAAUCUCAUAGAUGUCAACCAGCACUUACUUCAAGCCCUAGGAGUGAGCCAUCCGACGUUAGAUGACAUUUGUCUUACCUGCUCUAGGGUAGGCUUCCAUGCCAAACUGACAGGGGCAGGUGGAGGUGGCUGCGCUUAUUGUGUAAUUAGGCCAGAUGUUUCAGAAGAAGCAAUUGAAUCUUUAAAAAAGGAGAUGAGGAAUAGAAACUUUGAAUGCUGGGAAUGCACACUUGGUGGACCAGGCGUAGCGUUGACAUCACCAUAGUGGGGAAGGGCAGAUUUAGGGCAGUGCAAUUUACCAUCUGGUUCUAUAGUAACAGAAUUGGGAAUUUUUUCACAAUAAAUGUCACGUUCAUGUACAUGUUGUGCUCAUUGAAGAACUGAUGGAUUCUGUUUAAGUGUUACUAGACCAUACAAGAUCGCUUGGAUGUUUCCUUGGAACAGUUUACACACAGUCCAGUUACCGGUACUUUGUGUUCACACUUCAAAAGUUUCUGAACAGUUCUCAGAAAUCAAUAGAAUUUUGUCGGGGCUUAGUUUUUAUGGAAUUUGUGUUUGCAUUUUUACCUCCUCAAAAAA